UAUAAUAACUGAAGGAACAACUUUGAGAGAGGGAGACAUAGCUGUGUCCAAUAUGGGUGGAAGGACCUGCUUUGCCAGAAGCUGUUUGUGGUCUAAAUCUGUGGAUGGCCACGUGUACAUAGCUUACUCUUUUUCGUCAGAAUACAGUGAGCUGGAUAAAAAUACCAUCAUGCAGGGCAUGGAACUCAUAGAGGAAGACACCUGUGUUCGCUUUGUGCCGAGGACUCACCAGAGGGACUACCUGGACAUCCAGCCGAAGUCUGGGUGUUGGUCCUACCUGGGAGUACGUGGCGGAAGGCAAGCUCUGUCUAUGCAGACACCAGACUGUAUGUCAUCUGGUGUGGCCGCCCAUGAGUUCAUGCAUGCCUUGGGAUUUGUGCACGAGCAGUCACGAGCUGAUCGUGACAACUAUGUGACCAUCAAGUGGUCGAACAUCUGGAAAGAUCGUUUGCGAAAUUUUGAGAAGUUCAAAACGAAUAACCUGGACACUCCAUAUGACUAUGGAUCUCUGAUGCACUAUAGCAUGUAUGCCUAUUCUGAAGAUGGAGAUCCCACAAUAGUUCCAAAAUCAAGCUGGAAUGUUCAGAUGGGUCAGGGAUAUGGCCCCAGUCGUAUGGAUAAAGUAAAAAUUAACAGACUCUACAAAUGUGGUUAAUGGGUCCUUGUACACAAAAGACUGUCACAUCGCCGGCUGUGUGUAAUGGCAUUAAUGCUAACUGGCUGUGCUCUGCUGCACAUAUCUAGUCUGCAUGCCUUAUUCAUGUAUAAUAAAGACCUUAUAAG